UCGAGCAUAUCCUUCAACCAUGGAGUGCAUAGGUGUGUGUGUGUGUGCUAGGAGCUCAAGAGGUGAUGUAAAUCCCUUUGACUCAAAACAUUUGAGAAAUAAAGAAAAAGAUAAAGGAAGCGAGAACACACACACACACACACACAGAAAGAGAGAGAUAAGGGGAAAAUUUUGAUGGAAAGCUUAGAGGAAAGGCUAAGGUUAAAGAAAGGAAGAACAACAAAGAAGAGAAGGGGAAAAUUAUCAAUAGAUUAUCAAUCAAGAACUCUAGAAUUCAUGACUACUGAAACUGGUCAAGCUAAUGCUCAAACAAGUAUUAGUGUGGUAGCUGCAAUUGCUCCAACCCCUUCUGUAGUGACUGUGCCAGUCAAUCACAGUGAGAAGCUAGAGAAGUUCUCAAGAAUUGAUUUUAAAAUAUGGCAACAGAAAAUUUUGCUCUAUCUUACUACUCUCAACCUGGCUCGUUUUCUCCGUGAGGAUGUUCCUAUUUUGAAAGAGGAUGAAACUGACCGGCAAGUGGUUGUUACGGUCGAUGCCUGGAAACAUGCUGAUUUCGUUUGCUGAAACUACAUCUUGAAUGGACUUGACAACACAUUAUACAACAUCUUCAGUCCUAUCAAGACAGUAAAGAAACUUUGGGAGUCUUUGGAAAAAAAGUACAAAAUAGAAGAUGCUGGCUCAAAGAAAUUUAUAAUUAGCAAAUUCCUGGACUUUGUGAUGGUUGAUUCUAAGGCUGUGAUCAGCUAAGUUCAAGAUCUCUAACUCAUUCUGUAUGACAUUCACACAGAAGGCAUGUCUCUCAGUGAAUCCUUCCAAGUUGCAGCCUUAAUUAAGAAAUUAUCACAAGGCUGGAAGGAAUUCAAGAACUACCUCAAACACAAGCACAAAGAAAUGUCUUUAGAAGAAUUGAUUGUGUGUUUGAGGAUUGAAGAGGACAACUGCAAUUCUAAAAAGCGGGCUGGCAAGCGUCCAAUGGAGUCUAAGGCAAAUGUGGUGGAACAUGCUCCAAAAACAAAGAAACAGAAGUUUUCUGGAGAAAGUUCAUCACAAGGCUCUAAAGGGAGGGGGGGAA